UCUUUCUCUCUCUCUCUACCCUACAACUGUCUAACCCCUCUCUCUCUCUCUCUUUCAGUCUCAGCUGUUUGAGGGUCCAUAUAGGGGAGAGAUUUUUGGUCCGGAGAUUGUUGGAUAUCGCAAGUCUCGAAGACUUGAAGGCGAGGGAAAGCUACACAGGAGAAGAUUGAUUGGAUUACAGGUUUUUUAAGGACUCAGGUUGAAAUUUCAUCUCUUCUGUCUGAACUUUGUCCUUCACUUGUUGUUGGAGCUUAAUUUAUGGAUAACAACAAUUGGAGACCUACUCAAGCAGAGUCUAGCAUGGAUACCAGCGAUUGGAGAAGCCAACUUCAACCUGAUUCUCGACAGAGGAUUGUGAAUAAAAUAAUGGAGACUUUGAAGAGGAACCUUCCAAUUGCUGGCCCAGAAGGGUUACAAGAACUUAGGAAAAUUGCUGUAAGAUUUGAAGAGAAGAUUUAUACUGCUGCGGCGAACCAGCCAGAUUAUUUACGGAAGAUAUCUCUAAAGAUGCUGACAAUGGAGACAAAAUCUCAGACUCCUGGUGUGCCUGCUUCCUUACCAUCAAACCCUGCUGUUAAUAACCAAAAUCCACCAGAUCCAGGAUCCCAAAAUAUGCAGCCCCAAAUGCGGAACCAGGGGCAGACACUUCCAAUGCCAGUGGCUAAUCAGUCGAGGCAACAGCUAGUGGCCCAGAGCAUUCAAAAUCCCAUUGCAUCUGCUGGAAUGCAGAAUUCUGCCAGCCUGCCAUCUGUGCUACCAUCUAUGAGCAGUCUAACUCAGAGCACCAUGUCGAAUGUUGGUAGCCAGAGUUCUAAUUUGCAGAGUGUGCCAGGCCUUUCACAGAACCCUGGAAGUAAUUCACUUGGCCAAGGACUGUCUUCAAAUAUGUUUUCCAAUUCCCAGAGGCAGAUGCCAGGAAAGCAGCAUCCACAGCAGGUUGUUCCUCAGCAGCACCAGCAGCAGUCUCAAAAUCCACAGCAGUAUCUUUACCAGCAGCAGCAACAACAGUUUCAACAUCAACUUUUGAAGCAGAAGUAUCAACAACAGGGAAAUAUUCCGUCUUCAGUAAUGCAAUCACAUAUCCAGCAGCAACAGCAACCGCAGCAGAACCUAUUACAGACAAAUCAGAUGCAAUCUUCACAGCAGUCUCUCAUGCAAAUGUCAUCUGGUUUGCCUUCAAGCCAGUCCACUCUUCAGCAGACACAGCCUUCUAUGAUGCAAUCGAAUCCACUUCCAGGCCUUCCACAGAAUCAGCAACCUUCUAUUCAACAGCCGACAGCAUCUGUGCUUCAGCAACACCCACAAUCAGGCCUCAGGCAUCAGCAACAGUCUCAACAAUCUGGGCACCAACAAACUUCCAUUCUUAAUCAACAGCAAGCACCAAUGUCACAGACAUCAAUGUUUCCCUCCCAGCAGCAACAACCACUAAUAGGGCAACAAACAAAUGCAGCAAACAUGCAACAGAAUCUGCUACUUGGACAACAAGGUAGUGUCCCAGAUAUGCAGCAGCCACAGCAGCAGCAGCAGCAGCAGAGGUUGCUAGCCCAAGCCCAGCAGAAUAAUCUGUCAAACAUGCAACCGUUGGGCUCACAAGGUAAUGUUUCUGGGCUACAACCGCAGCAGCAGCAUCAACUGCUUGGAGCUCAAUCUGGUAUUUCAAACAUUCAGCCAAAUCAGCAGGCAAUGCAGAUGUUACAAGCCAAGGUUGCAGUGCAGCAGCAACAAAACCAGCAAACAUCAUCAACCCUAUUACCAACACAAGGACAACAAUCACAAUCACAAUCACAACUUUCACAGCAGCAAAUGAUAUCUCAGCUCCAAUCACAACCUGGUCAGCUGCAACAACAAUUGGGGUUGCAACAGCAGCCUAAUUCAUUACAAAGAGAUGUGCAGCAAAGAAUUCAAAGUUCAGGUGGCUUGGUUCAGCCUCAGAAUGUUGUUGAACAACAGAAACUAUUGCAGUCACAAAGAAUGCUUACAGAGACUUCAUCAACAUCAAUAGAUUCUACAGCUCAGACAGGACAAGGUGAUUGGCAGGAAGAGGUCUAUCAAAAGAUUAAGGCAAUGAAGGAAAUGUUCUUACCAGAACUAAAUGAAUUGUACCAGAAAAUCGCUGUCAAAUUCCAGCAGCAGGAUGCUCUUCCACAGCCGCCAAAGUCUGACCAAAUUGAACGAUUCAAAUUUUUCAAGAAUUUGUUGGAGCGCAUGAUAAGUUUUUUACAAGUUUCCAAAAAUAAUGUAGUACCUGCUUACAAGGACAAGCUGGGUGCAUAUGAGAAGCAGAUCCUUAAUGUUCUUAAUUCAAAUAAGCCUAAAAAACCUGUUUCCUCACAAAUGCAAGGACAACAGCACCUUCAGCCACCUGGUGGUCAUCCGCAUUCCAUGCAGCUGCAGCAGCAACAGCAACAGCAACAGCAACAGCAACAGCAGCAGCAGCAGCAGCAGCCACAAUCUCAACUUUCUCAGUUGCAACAGCAUGACAACCAAAUGAAUCCCCAAAUGCAAACAAUUAACUUGCCAUCUUCUGUAACAUCAAUGCAACCAACAUCUGUGUCUAGCAUGCAGCAUGGUUCAUUACCAUCAUUAUCAGGCCAUUUAGGGGUUUCAAAUGGACAGCCAAACAUGAUGGGUUCACUGCAGCCUGCUUCUAAUUUGGAGUCGGGACAAGGAAGUUCAUUGAGUUCAUUGCAGCAAGGUGUUGGCAGUUCUCUUCAACAAAAUACUGUGAGCAUGCCCCAACAGGAAAACAUGAACACAUUGUCACAAAGUGGUGUUAACACAUUACAGCCUAAUAUUAAUUCCCUUCAGUCAAAUUCCAAUAUGAUCCAACACCAGCAUCUGAAGCAACAACAGGAACAACAACAAUUGAUGCAAACACAACAGAUAAAGCAGCAAUUUCAACAGCGCCAGAUACAGUCACAAUUGACUCAACAGCAGAAGCAGCAGCUAAUGUUGCAGCGGCAGCAGCAACAACAACAACAGCAACAACAGCAACAAAAACAACAACAACAACAACAACAGCAACAACAGCAACAACAACAACAACAACAGCAGCAUCAACAACUACAGCAGCAGUUCCAGCAGCAACAACAGCAGCAGCAGCAGCAGCAGCAGCAGCAGCAGCAGCAGCAGCAGCAGCAACAGCAGCAGCAGCAGCAGCAGCAGCAGCAACAGCAGCAAUUACAACAGCUAAAGCAGCAGCAGUCUGCACCAUUGCAGGCACACCAAAUUCCUCAGCUUCAUCAGAUCAAUGAAGUUAAUGACAUGAAGGUGAGACAAGGUAUGAGUGUUAAACAAGGAAUUUUUCCACAACACCACUCAGCAGGCCAGCGCUCGACAUAUCACCAUCAACAGUUGAAAACAGGUGGUCCAUUUCCUAUUUCUUCUCCCCAAAUCCUUCAAGCUGCAUCCCCGCAAAUUUCUCAGCAUUCUUCCCCACAGAUUGACCAGCAAAGUCUGCUAACAUCACUGUCAAAAGCUGAAACGCCUCUGCAAUCUGCAAACUCACCUUUCAUUGUUCCUUCUCCUUCCCCUUCUAUGGUACCAUCUCCAAUGCCAGGGGAUGUUGAGAAACAAACUUCAGGUGUCUCUUUGCUCUCAAAUGCAGUGAAUAUAGGACAUUCACAAUCAACAGUUGCACAAGCCCCUCCUCAAUCUCAAUCCCAAUCCCAAUCCCAAUCCCAACCCCAAAUUCAACCCCAAUCACUAGCCAUUGGUACACCAGGUAUAUCAGCUUCUCCAUUGCUUGCUGAAUUUACUAGUCAGGAUGGAAAUCAGGGUACUGCAUCGGCAAUCGUUUCUGGCAAGUCAAGUGUUACAGAGCAACCUCUGGAGCGACUAAUGAAAGUGGUAAAAUCGAUGUCAUCUAAAGCUCUCAGUGCCUCUGUCAGUGACAUUGGGUCAGUUGUGAGUAUGAUUGAUAGGAUAGCAGGAUCAGCACCUGGUAAUGGUUCAAGAGCUGCCGUUGGAGAGGAUUUGGUAGCCAUGACAAAGUGUCGUUUGCAAGCAAGGAACUUCAUCUCACAAGAUGGUAGUGCAGCAACAAAGAAAAUGAGACGCAAUACAAGUGCUAUGCCCUUGAAUGCUGUAUCAUCUGUAUGUAGUGUUAAUGAUAGUUUCAAGCAAUUAAAUGGUCUUGAAACAUCUGACUUGGAGUCAACUGCAACAUCAAGAAUCAAGAGGCCUAGAGUUGAGGCGAUCCAAGGUGGUGGACAGGUUUCUAAGCGCUUAGGUGAUAAGGCACCCGCCCAGGAGACCAAAUCGGCAAACCAUGCGCUGUUGAAAGAGAUCAGAGAGAUAAACCUGCAGCUUAUAGAUACCGUGGUGGAUAUCAGCGAUGAGGAUGUUGAUCCAACAGCAGCUUCUGCUGAAGGUGGUGAAGGAACUAUUGUCAAGUGCUCCUUCAGUGCAGUGGCUCUCAGUCCAAAUUUGAAGUCGCAGUAUACGUCAGCACAAAUGUCCCCAAUUCUGCCUUUAAGGUUGCUUGUCCCCACAAAUUAUCCGAAUUGUUCCCCUAUGCUCUUAGACAAGUUACCAGUAGAGCUGAGUAAGGAGUAUGAAGAUCUCUCGGUAAAAGCGAAAUCGAAGUUCAGCAUAUCCCUCCGCAGCCUUUCACAACCAAUGUUACUGACUGAGAUGGCGAAGACAUGGGAUGUUUGUGCUCGUGCAGUUGUGGCUGAGUAUGCACAACAGAGUGGAGGGGGAAGCUUCAGCUCAAGAUACGGUACUUGGGAGAACUGUGUGAGUGCUGCUUGACAUUUUGUCUGCAUUUUAAUCCAAUGAAUUACGUCAACGGGGAAGUGGCUCACAGCUGAGAAAUGAGAGUGAUCCUCUAUGUACUACCUAGGAUGGUUGCUGCUGAUUGCAUCAGUUCCUAAUCAAAUGGUUGAGUGACUGGCUAUAUUUUGAUCGGAAGCACUUCAAGUCCAAGUACAAUAGUGGUGAUCAUAAUCAAAGCCUUACAUAUAAUGUGUUCUUGUAGCUUGAAUUCUGAAUCAAAACUUUAGUGGACCUUGGUAGUAGGCCAUCAUCUUCUAUGCUGACUCUUAAUGGUAGUGGUCAUGCAGGGUCCUCUUUUUGUCCCAGAAAUGGUUAUCUGUGAUCGAGUUUUAAAUACUUACGGAUUUAAUCCAUACGUUGCGAGACUCUGGAUUACAUUC